CUUCCAGGUGAAAGCUGGUUCUCUCCCUGUGCCCAGUCUUGUCCAUUGCACUCAGCGAAGCCUAGAGCAGGCUUGGAAAACCAUAAACGCUUAGAAGACAGAAACUCAGCCUGUCUUUGUGAUUUCAGUCACGAAAUAGAGGCGGUACAUACUCUACCGCAAGCCACAAGUUUCGCAUUGUACUACGAGCUUCGUCGAGCUUCCCUCAUGGCCGCGCGUGUCGCGCCGAGCACUCCAACCCUCUGUUCCUCGGGCUUCAGGCUCUCGCGGCCACGUCAUCAUCGAAUGGUGAUCACGCAUAGCCUGUCGUUGAUCAACAACGGAAGAUCCGGCAGCCUCAGAAUGUUUCACCGACAGGGUCAGAGCCAUGGCGGCGUUUUUCAUUCUCAAUCGCCUUCUUCCUCCACUCGGACUGCAGCCGCAUCUGCCGCCGCAUCGGCAGCCGCGGCCGUUUCUCUCGAGCCGCCGCCGACGACCGCUACCGCUAGUACCGCCGCAGCUGCCGACGCCAGGGAAAGGCGAGCGAAAGGAACGAGGAGGCAGAGAAAACGCAAGACCGAUUCGGACACCGAGGAUUCAGCCAUAACAGUUCAGGAACUCCUUAAGCGCUUAUCAGGCAAUCAGGCAGAUAGUAGCGCCGCGUCUGAUGCUACUCUCCUCUUGAAGCUAGACCCCAGUGCGACGGGACUGUCGCUCGUCGCAGAGGUCGCCGCGUUCCUCGUGCGACUAGACGCCGCGGAGUCGUCGUCGUCGUCGUCGUCGCCGUCGUCGUCGUCGUCGACGACGUCCUCGCAAGCUCCAAAAGGCCCCGAAAACGAUAACGAUGGCGACGUGGCGCCGUUACUAGAGGUCACGCGGGAGGUGCGCGAGCAGCUUGAGGCCGCGUGGAACCUCAGUCCCAGCGACUCCGAGAGGGGAAUCGGAGGCGGGCGGGGCGGCAGACGGAAAGUAGUGGUCCGUGGGCGGCGAUUUCUGUCCCCUUCCGCUACCAAGCGGCCAGCAAACGAAGGGAUAGAUGGGGGAUUGGACGUGAGCGGAAGUGGAAGUGAAGCGGAGCUGGACCCUGCAGCGCGGAGGCGGGCGAUGCGGAGGAGGUUGCGCGCAGCCGCGGUCGCGAUGGGCUUGCGGAUGAGCGGAAACGCGCUCGAAUUGGCGGAGGACGAAGGGCACGCGGAAAGGCUCGCGGAAGGGCAGGCGGAAGCGGAAGCGGGUUCAGAUUCCCCGCGACGAAGGGGGAUUAAAAAAGCGGGAGCGGUUGAGGCGAGCGCGAUGAGCGAGGCGGAGGUGGAUGCGCUGAUUCGUGACUAUGGCGGGGGCGACACCGCGAUGAACGUUGACUGGACCAAGGAGCGCUCGUUGCUGCCGGCGAGAGAGGAGAUUCGCCUGGCGGAGUUGAUACAGCGCGGAAAUAAACUGGAGGAGGAGCGAGCUAGGAUCGCUGCAGCGGCUGCAGAGUCAGCAGCACCGGCAGCAGCUGCACCUACCCCUGAGCUCACUGUAGUAGAUUCUGAUUCAGAGGGCAGCCUUCAGGGGUACACAAGCCCAGGGGCCGUGCUCCUUCAACAUCCCCAGAAGCAGCAUCAGAAUCAGAAGCAGCAGCAGCUGCUGCUGUCGCAUUCCGAGUGGGCGGCGCAUUGCAAGCUGACUCCCGGGCAGCUGCAUCGACAAUUGCUGGCUGCUCAGGCUGCCCGAAACAAGCUCAUCCUGCACAACUUGCGUCUGGUGCUCUCAAUAGCCCAUUCCUUCCGCCUGUCAACCGGGGCUGACUUCAUCGCAGUGUGCCAGCGCGGCCUAGAGGGCCUCACCACCGCCGCCCAGCGCUUUGACCCCUCCAGGGGCUUCCGCUUCUCCACCUUUGCCACGCAUGCUGUCAGGACGGCCAUCAUCCGCGCCAUUCCUGCUACCCAGUUCGUGCGCAUGCCUGCAAGGAGCUCCAUGACCCUUAUCUCGGUGCGCAAAGCACGGGCAGCAGUGGAGCAGCGGCUGGGCCGCAGGGCCACUGUAGCAGAGGUGGCGGCAGAAGCCGGCCUCCCUGCCGCCCAGUGCCGCGCCGCCCUCGCCGCCCCCCUCGUCACCCGCCCCGUCUCCCUUCACUCUGCCUCACGGCUCACUGGGCUUCCCCUGGAGGACACUAUAGCGAGUAUGGAUGAAAGUGAGGGCGGUAUUGUUGCCUCGCGCCCUGCUACAGCCGGUGCUGCUGUUCGCGCUACAGCUGCAGCUGGUGGUGGCGGUGGCAGUGGCGAUGGCUGUGCUGGUGCUGGUGCUGGUGAUGGGGGUGCGGCAAGCAGCAUCAGCGCACAGGGUGGUGCACUGGACCACACAAGAGCAUCCCUCGUUGCCGUGCUGGACACGCUACACCCACACGAGGCCACGGUGCUGAGGUGGCGGUUCGGGCUGGGCGGCAAGGACGGCGAGGGGGUGGGGGAGGCGCUGACCCUGCGGCAGAUAGCGGCUAAGAUGGGUCUGUCGUAUGAGAUGGUUCGGAGGUACGAGGCCCGUGGGCUGCUCAAGCUGCAGGUGCCGGCACGGGCACAGGCACUGCAGGAGAACUUGCGCGGGGGUUUGUGACUGUAUAGAGGGGGAGAUAAGGUUAUGAGGCGCUGACCCUGCGGUGGGUAGCGGCGAAGAUGGGUCUUUCGUAUGAGCUGGUUUGGACGUACAAGGCUUGAGGAUCGCUCAAGAUGCACGGGCACAGGCACUGCUGGAGAAAGUAUUGGGGGAUUUGUGACUGUAUAGGGGUGAAACUGCGGCAGUAGUGGCGUACAUGGGUCUGUUGUAUGAGAUGGUUCGGAGGUGUGAGGCCCGAGGGCUGCUGAAGCUGGAGCUGCCGGCACGGGCACAGGCCCUGAAGAAAAUGUGCGCAGGGAUUUGUGACUGUAGAGGGGUGCUGAGGCGGUCACUACACACCAGGAGCGAGGGGAUGGAUAGUGGAGUGUACUGCAGUGUGUAAUGUACCAACCAAGGACAGUGGUACCUCCCAACAAAGGGGAGGUUCCUCCUGCUGUUUGCUAAGGCCUGACAGCUCGUGCAUUGUGAUGUUGCUGGACCAAAAGUCAAUAAAAGGUCUGUGAACGCAAGUGAUAUUUGAGGUACAUGUAGCAUCGAAGAUGCUUUCAUGAACUGGGAAAACCAUAC